AUGAAUCGCUCUGGGCGGGUGGGACCCUUACCGCCACUGCAGCUCUCGCCCAGGCGUCAGUCGCGCAUGCUUACUUUGGAAGAGACUACAAAUGCCUCUCCCGGUGCCUCAUCCGUGUUUUGGGCAGAGUCUGCGCCUCAAAGCCCCUUGCGAGACACCAUCACCCCCAGCCACGUGAACCUGAUCAAGAGCCCCACAACCGCAACACGCCACAGUCGCCUCGGCCUUUUCAACUCGAGCCACACAACCAUUGUAACCCAGCUCUCCUACCGCGAUGACCAGAGCGAACAUGCUUCCCUAGACCUUGCUGAUGCCAGCAGUCCACACGUGUCAAAGCGGGGUGGCACCUACCUUCAGGGUCUCUUGCAGUACGUGGUGCCCCAUCAAGGUCGGCUGGACCCCGAAUUCUCGCCCUUUGGCCAUAUGUACACUCUCUAUGUGCCAGACUCAGCCGACCAGCUAUACUUUGACGCCGGUGCAUACAACGGUCGCGUUUUGAUCAAUGGCGAGCCCCCACAGCAACCCGUUACCGUCGCGCACGCCACCACCGCUCAGGUGGUGGUCCUCGAAGUUUUUUCCCAACCACCAACUACCGUUCGUACAGCCCCAGAUCUGGUCACCCCAGAUGCUGACCUUGGUGGGCCGACGACCGAGACAGAAGGGACGGAGCCGGAUGCGCUUAUGCAAGUGCGCGUGAGCUACUCCCUGCACAUAGUCCGAGUUCCCGCCAAUGACUCGCGCCUGGCGCCGCCCAUCAAAUCCCGGGCCCAAUUUCUGGAAGAGGCCGUGCAGCAACCACCCAACGAUGAAGCCAUGAUGGUUGUGCGUGCCCGUACAAGCGAGUUCCCCGAUGAUUUGACCCUGGUACCCGGAACUUUGCUCGAUGCUGAGGUUGUGACCGAGGACUGGGCCUUUGGCACCACCCGUAGCGUGCGUCCGGAGAGCGGUUGGUUUCCACUUGCCUGCGUUGAACCCAUGACACAACAUGCGCCCCGCUUGCAAGCCUCUUGUCGGCUGGGCUUGGCCUGGGAAAACUGGCCCACGCAGCUGCCGUCAAUGCCUGCCCGUGGGCAGCAGCGCCGUGAAAGCCACCCCUCGCAACGGGAGCAUGCCAACCCCGACAUGCCAGAUCGCGAUGGGAUGAGCGACGAUGACGAUUACAGCGAUUCGGGCUGGUUGGGCUCGAUAUAUUGCGGUGGAGGUGUCCCCUACAUGACCGUGCUCCUUUGUGUCACCAACCUGGCUCUGUGGCUUGCGUCCCUUGGCUCGGAUGAGGGCACUGCGACCCUGCAAGAGAAUCCUUUAAUAGGAGCUUCGAUGAAAACCCUGCGCGAUUACGGCGCCUGUGACCCGCACAGCUUGCGAGAGGGACAGUUGCAGUUGCUGGUGAGCCCGGUGCUGGUGAGCCGAGGCGUCAUUGCUCUGAUUCACGACAUCAUCUGCCUUGCCCUCAUGGGUGUCCCUUUUGAGCACGCGCACGGCGCCUGGGCCAUGGUGGUGCUGGCUGUAUGUGCCACCAGCUGCGGUACAGCCGUGGCAGCGGUGGCCACGGCCCCGUGGAUUACAACGGGUCCUGCCGCUCUAGUGGCUGGUCUCAUGGCGACCAAUGUCGGCGUGGUUGUGGCAGACGAAGUUCAGGGGGCUCGCCGGCGGCUCGUGCUGUGGACGUGCAGCAUGGUUUUGGUUACAUCCGUCAUCCUGGCCCUCUUUCCGGGUGCCUCCUGGUGGUAUCUGCUGGGCGGCUUUUUUGGUGGUGCCGCGGCAGGCCUUUACUUUCACUGUCGCAGCGAAGACACGCUCAGCGCCAAGCUGGCUGUAGUGGAUCCGUCGCGGCGUGCUUUUCAGACCCGUCGAGCGCGCUAUGCGCUGCUGUUUCUCCUUGUCACCUUUGUGGUGACGCUUGAGAGUAGGAGGAAAAAGCAAGCCGUUUUGCCGUGCCCAUGCCACCGGUUGACAUGUAUAGAUCUUGCCACAAGGCCGCCGACCUUGAAUUGA